CUCUUCUUCAUGUACCUUCAUGUCUUCAACAUUCCUUCAACAAGCUAUCGCUGAACAUUCUUCUAGACACACUGAACUUCUCAAUUCGCUAGUACAACUCGAGAGCGUACCAGAAUCGCUGAAGGAGCAAACCAGAUUGGUGGAUGAUUUACAAGCUGAGCUGGAGGAAUGCGAGGCAAAUGUUGCAAGGUUAUUUGAGAAUACGAGGAGUCAGAGGAGGAAUGCUGACCCAGGCAUCAUUUCGGGCGGCUUGAAGUUCUCGCAAGUCUUCCGUUCACGGAAAGAGAAGGAAAAGGACAGAGAGCGCGAGGAAAGAAAUAAGAGAUUAUUUGCGGAGGCUAUGGCAGAAGAAACCAAAGAAAGAGACAGACGAGCUUCGCUUGAACAAGCUUUAACCAAGGCACAAGCAUCGAAAACAGAUUUCUUGAAUAAAAUGCAAGAAUACGACACAAUCAAGGCCAAGAUAGAUGCGCUAUAUACCUUGAUCUUCAAUGGGCCAACGCCAGGCUUUCCCAAGGAAGAUGAGCUUGAACAAUUGGUUCAAGCAAGCUAUUCAGUCGUUGAACGUGCGAAGGCGGGAUACAACUCGGAGAACGAAGCACUCGAGAUUCUCUCUCGAUCGGAGAGGACCUUCAGAGAAUGCCAGGCAAAAUUGAAAGACGCAAUAUACUGGGCCACUGCCUCUAUGCUUGCAGGAGGACGCACGGCCGAGGCAAAGGAAACCGCAUCACUACGACUAGCACAUUCCUUGGCACUUAAAGCACAAGGAUUCGUACGAGAAGCUCAACAAUUUUCGACACAUGUACGCACGCUCGAAUAUCCGAGUAUAGCAAGAGAGAUGCCAACCCGUAAAGAGAAUGACACAGAGUUCCAUGAGGUGUUGAAGGCGGCAGCAGCGGAACUCGGCAAUACAUAUUCACAGUUAUUAUCUGAGCGAAGGGCAUGCGCGGAUCGUACUGCAGAUGCUAAAGCUGCUGUUCAAAAUGCAGAACAAACUGUGUUGGAUCGUAAAAAGGAGCUUCAUGAACUUCGGAAAGAGUUAUUCCUCGAUGUUGUGUCGAAGCUCAAGUCAGGCGAGCUUGCAGAGCCCACGGACCUAGAUUUUGAAGGGUUACAAGAUGCACCUCCCAGCUAUGAACUGCAACACUCAGUUUCACAUUCACACUCAUACACCCAUUCCAAUUCCCACUCUGGCUCCCACUCCCGUUCUAACUCUCACACAAUUUCCCUUUCUUCUAUCCCUCCAGAUUUGAUCAUAGUAAAACAACACACUGGAGCAUUGAGGCAGCUCUCGACGGAUUUCGCCGCCCCAGCAUAUGAUAGUGCACUAUCGUCCCCUAUAUCUCAUCCUUUUUCGUCAACUCCGACUCCUCCAACACCAUCAGCGUCACGGCCUGGUGGUGCAAGACCUAGGACGGCAAGGCCGUUACCUCGUCUACCGCAGGCAAAUGCUGGAUAAUUUCUUCUGUUUGUCGAGGUCCUGGUCUUCCCCGAGUUCCAAUUCAUGUUGUGUCGUAUACUUUGCCAGUCUGUCUACGGUAACAUUCUCGUACAUCUGCUUCAUCUACAUUCAACGUUUAGAGCGGGUCCUAUUCCUUUCCUUCAUUAUACCCUCUUUCCGGGUCCCUGGACGAUAGUAAUCUGUAUUUGUUAAAUAAUUUUGUUUUUUUACUUUCCCUCAUCUAUCUUUCUAUCUCGCAUCGAAGCUGCUCUGUGUCCCACUCGUAUAUUAUACUAAUUUGUUCUUCUGGUAUAAACUCAGAAUCUGCAAUC